AUGCUGCAGACCGCAACGAAUUCUGGCGUGUUGCCGCUGAGCGGCGGCCGCAGCGCGCUGCACCACGGCUAUUCGAUGCACACCCUCGCCCGUAAGCGCUUCAGGGAGAACACGUCUGCAUUAGCGGUGACGGUCGGCUUCGUGCUGCCGGCGUUGAACGGGGUCAACAAACAGUUGGACAAGCACGUCGACGCCGGCACGGAUGUCUCCAUGGACGAGCUGCUGCAGAUCUUUGCCAAGUCUGGAAAGGAUGCAGCAGCACUGUACGCUGAUCGCAUGGCGCGCAUCGCCUGUCAGACGGGUCUGGCCUGCGCCCUCAUCGAGAGCAAGUCUGCCUACUGCAAUGCCGCCGUAUACCUCUGGGACCUGUACCCCCGCUUGCACCAGCGGUACGUCGGUGCCGUGCUCAGCUGGCUGCGCAUCCCUGUCUUCGUGAGCAGCCUGCUGGGUCCGCACCCAACGACGCAGGACGUAGCUUUCCUGCAAGCCCGCGUGUCGGGCGUGUGUGCCUUGGAGGACAGCCUCCGCCGUGACACCAUCACACUGUUCGGUGACCUCCUCGUUGACACGGCGCGAAUCCUGAUCCGCCGCGAUGUGGACAACCCGUCCGAGGCCAUUGCCCGGCAGGCGGUGCUGCGCGUGACCGUCACCCUUGUCGGCGCCGUUGGUGCUGGCGUGGGCCGCGCUGCCGCUGGGGAGCGUGGUGAGUACUGGGGCAACAUCGCCGGCGUGAUGGCGGGCCCUGCCGUCGCGGUGCAGCUGUGGACAGCGAUAAGGAAGAUGCGCAUGCUGCGCCCGCGCCGCUCCGUCGACGCCGCCAAGAGCCAUCGUCACCGCCACAGCGCGUCUGAAGGUUCGAAGGCUGCUGCUGCCACCACCGGCGGUGUACCCGCCACGGCGAAGGCGUAG